GUGGUUGGUAAAGCUGUAUCUUCUCGUUUGUUAUUUAGUGUACUCUGUUAACAGGUUAUGGGCCCAGAGCAGAGUAGAAAACGUUAAGAGUGUUAAGACGCUGGGUAAAAGUCGCGACGGAUAUAGCAUGUACCCAAGUCUUUCAACAUGAGAAGAAGAGAAAAAGAAACCGUGACAAGCCGCUGGUCUCGAUUAGUCUUUGACGGAGACGAGAAAAACUACGAGCUAUGGGAGACAAUGUUUUUGGGCCAUCUUUAUUUGCAAGGACUGAAAGAGACUAUUUUAAGCGAGUCUUUUGAGGAAGACGAGGAAGAUACGGCGAAAAACGCCGAAGCCUAUGCAGAGCUGAUACAGUUCCUGGAUGACAAAAGUUUGUCGCUGGUUAUGAGGGAAGCAGCAGACGAUGGAAGAGCGGCAUUGAAGAUUCUUCAGGAAUAUUAUGCUGGCAAAGGAAAGCCUAGAGUAAUUAGCUUAUACACAGAGCUAACGUCACUGCAAAAGUCGCACAGUGAGUAUGUUACUGAUUAUGUCAUCAGGGCUGAGACCGCAAUCACCGCUUUGAGGAACGCAGGUGUGGUACAAAAGGCCACAAAGCAAGGACAUGUCAACGUAAACUGUGGUGUAGUCAGUGCAGAAGUACCACUCACCGUGAUGCAACAUGCAGAUGGGGAAAGCAGCGGGAUAACGCACAAAAAGUUUCCGCAGAGCCAAGUGACAGGGAGUAUACUUUCCGGGCAAGCGACGCUGAAAUGCGGGUACAGAAUACCAAGAGGAAAGGCCUAA